UCUUGGAGGUGGCGCCGCAGGGCACGGAGCGACGGCCGGAGCGUGGUGAGCCGCAGCCUUCUCCCCGGACGCCAGCGCUGAGGACACGAUGUCGGGCCUUUGCCGCCGGCUGCUUUGGGCCGCCAUCUGCCUGGCCGCGCUCUGCAUCCUGUGCGUGGACUCGAACAGCACCUUGGCCCCGACCCCAACUUCGACUGGGAGUAACGCCUCGUCUGUAACGCCCACCACAAUAGUGCCGACGUCCAGGACGUCUGCCCCGCUGACCACCACUCCAGCACUAGAAACGUGUGCCAGCUAUGGCAGUUGUGCUUCCUGUGUUAAUAGUACUGUUGAUAAUGUAACCUGCAUUUGGUUAGAUUGCAAAGAAAAGAGCUACUGUUCACAUAAUUCAUCAGCAGAGUGCAAAGAGGCGAACAGCACAAAGUUCUGUUCUGUGCCCACCACUGCUCCAGUGCCAACUGCUUCUACAGCUAAAACCACAACUCGGCCUGCCGCUUCUACCACAGCUACCACAUCAGGUGCAGCAAAUACCACUUUCACCCCAACCUUAUCACCCGGGCGGAAGUCCACCUUUGAUGCAGCCAGUUUCAUUGGAGGAAUUGUCCUUGUCUUGGGUGUGCAGGCUGUAAUUUUCUUUCUCUAUAAAUUCUGCAAAUCUAAAGAACGAAAUUACCACACUCUGUAAACAGACCCAUUAAAUUAACAAGGACUGGCGAAUCGUUUGAGUAACUCACUGAAACCAAGAUACUCUUUCUGAAGAAGUCCCACAUGGAAGACACUAUUCCAGGAUCUUUACAUUUCCACAGGAUGCAUACAGGAUGCGCUGAAACAUCGAUCUGGAAGAAAAAUAGGUUAAACCAUUUUGCUCAACAGGAAUAUUUACGAUAUUCUGCAUGAAUCCUUGUGGCUGUCUUCUUUUAUUUUAAAUGGCUGCUGCUGUGGGAUUGUUUCUUUUCUUGACAUGCCAAAUGUAACUUUUUCUAAGUGGUGGAAAAUGUUGUCAUAUAUAGACAACCUCAUGAGUCUUUGCAGGUUAGUCAUUUAAAGCCUCAGAGCCGCAUUAUUUUCAUGCAAGCCCAAGAUACAAUUUAGUGACCAGAAUUGAGAAGAGUGUGUGCCAAAUGAGUGUCAGGUGGAUUAUGGUCAUUUCAAAAGUGGAAUACAUUUAUACAUUCAGUAGUAUAAACUGUAUCCUCAAACUCAAAAUUUUGUGCUUGAUAAGUUAAAUUUUUCUACAUUAGAAAUAAGGUGCCACACAGGGAAUUACAUUCCAGAGUUAAAGAAAUGAAAGGAUCCAAAGUGUUAGGGUAUAGGUGUGACAGGUUAUUGUUCAUAAAUAUAUAAAGCACCUUACAUCAUUGAGAAAGAACCGUGCCUUAAAGGACAGAGAGGUGACGAACUGCUUGGGACUUCUUUGUUCAUGUUAAGAAAGGUAGAUGGUCUCCGACUGUCAUUGGAAGUGAACAGUAGUAAACUGCUUUUAGACAUCACACUGUUGAAUUUAAGGGAAAGCUUCUAGGGUGGAUAAAAUAUUUCACAGCUGAGAAACUUGAGCUAAAGGAUCUUACAGAAAGUUGGAAGCCCUCCCGUACUGAACCUGCCACUGUUACUGUUAAUGGCUGUUGAAAAGUACCGGAGUGAACAUAGAUUUAACAGUUCCCUUUGUGCUUCAACAAAGUGCACCUUGAAAGGAUUUCCACCAAGCUUUCUUGAAAAGUCACUUCUUUAGUUAGGCAGGAAGGAAGUAAAUCUCAGAAUUACUUAGUCUUUAGGUAAGGCAAUCAUUUUAGGUUUUCAGACAGCACAUGUAACCGAUGUAAUUUCAGAAACCCGAGGGGUUUUUAGUUGAUCAGAUUGUAUAUUUUAAUGAUGUUUUUUCUGAAUGAACAUGUUUUUUCUUUUUUCUAAUCUCCCUUCUUGGUUUUGAUUCCUGUUAUGUAAUAGGCAUGCAUAGUUCAAUUUCUGUAGCUGCCUUGUACUAGAGUUUUUCUAGUUUCCUCCCUCCCCUCCCAGUGGGUCACUUCUUCCUUGGCCUUUGACACACUGGAUGAGCUCAGAGGCUUUUCUUAGUUUAAAAUGGACUUUUCUUGUCUAGGUCAUAAAAGUUUUUGUUGUUGUUGUUGUCGUUUCUUUAGCCUUCUUGGCUGAAUGUAGCACUUAGUUUUCAAUAUUUUAUAACAGGGAAUGACAAAUUGCUUUGGUUUGUUUCCUAAAAUGAAACUCCUUGCAUUUAGCGGAUGGUAUUAAAGGUUCUUGGGUGAAGAUUUACUGUUUCCUUUGUUACUUACUGGUACAGCUGAAGUUUGUUUUACUUGCACAUUGUACAUACACCUAAUAUUUUCAAGUGCCUUAAUUGUUUAAAAUCUCUGGCUUCAAAGGUUUUUGGGGAAAGGUAGGUUUACCUCACAUUUUCAGUUUCCCAUUGGUAGUACUAUUCUAGGUACCUCAGAAGUUUAUUAUGGUGCCAUGGCUGUUAGCUUUUAUAGAGUGCCACAAGAUUCAUUUGAAAAUUGCAAAAAGUUUCCAUUCUUCUUAAGGUGGCAAAAUUAGCUACAGUGUAGUUACUUCGUUUAGUAUGUGUUCCUUGCCACAUGUUAGUGUCCAGCAGGAAGCAAAUGUGAAAAUGCAGCUUGAGUUGAGGCUUCCUCGUUUUCCAGCACACUCUGACAGCAAAAACAUUCUGUUGAAAUCCCUGAGAUUUUGCAGAUCUGCAAGUGAGCUCUUGUAACAGAACUCAACAGCCUUUUCCUGACUCCCCCACCAUCUCCUGCUCCCCUUUAGCAGUGUGGUAUCUUGAGCCAUUAAUAAUUUUGGAUUGUUUUUUUAAAUCCUGAAAAUAUAUGGAAACCUCUUCAGAUUUUUCAUCUGAUUUGUCCAUGCAGAUGUAGUUCUGUCAAGUACCUUAUUUUACCUUACAGAUACUUGUUGCACAGGCAGACACUGCUGUGUUUAGAAAUUUAUAUUUUAGUUUGGCAAAACCAAUCUGUAUCAUGUACCAAACUGAUUUAAAAUAAAUCUACAUGUUUAUUGAA